UUACAAAAACCCACAUCCACCAAACCCACUCAGCCAAUAGAGGGCAAAAACAAGAGAAACUCGCCACCGGCCACUGCCAGCAUCCUCACCCCACUGAAGGUGUAACAGCAGCUGGCCAUUGCAUCAAUAACACAUAGCUGGCAGUAUGCGCGUGGAGACAUUGAGCGGCAUGCUGGACGUUAGUAACGCAACCUGGGCUCUGUCCGAGCGCUCUGUGCUGCAGCCAAUGUGGGAUUAUCUUCAGCAGAACCAUGAGAGCAGCUUGCGCUCUCCGCUGUUUCCUGUCAUCCUCUCCGUGUCGAUGUACCUGGUGCUGGUGUUGUUCUACACUGUGUUGGAUCUUCUGGCUCCCACCUGGCCCUCCAUCCGCCGCUACCAGAUCCAUCAAGACCAUACCGUCACCUGGUCCAAUAUCGGCAACACUUUGGCUCUCACCACAUACAACCAUCUGCUCUACAUCUUCCCCGCCGCCGUGGCCCAGUGGCUUUGGCGACCGCCCGUGCCGUUGCCCCGUGAGGCGCCUACGCUCAUCGCUUUCCUGCUGGGCAUCGUGGGGUGCACGGUGGUGUUUGACUUCCAGUACUACUUGUGGCACCUUCUGCAUCAUCGUGUAGGCUGGCUGUAUCGAACCUUUCAUGCCCUCCACCACCAGUACCGCCAGCCUUUCAGCCUGGUUACGCAGUACCUGUCCGCCUGGGAGCUGUUCAGCGUUGGAUUCUGGACCACGGUGGAUCCCUUACUUCUCCAGUGCCACUGUCUCACCGCCUGGGCAUUCAUGCUUUUCAACAUCUGGGUGUCCACGGAAGACCACUGCGGGUAUGACUUCCCAUGGGCCAUGCACCGCCUGGUUCCCUUCGGCCUCUGGGGGGGAGCCCUGCGACACGACGCUCACCAUCAGCAGCCAGGCACUAACUUUGCCCCUUUCUUUGCUCACUGGGACUGGUUGGGGGGCACCGCUACCAUGCCUGCACCUAUGAAGACAAAAACACGGAGAGAAAGGGACGAAAAGGAAGCCUGAGGCUCUAUUUAACUCACUCUCUUUUCCCUUUCACACGCUCGCUCUGCCUCUUAAUGAUCCCUUUAUAAUCUCUCGCUUUCGUUCCAUCUGUCCCGCCCUGUCUCGCACAUUCCCCUUCGUUAUCCAUUUCAUCUUUUCUAAUUUCUCUAUUUAAUUUCUUCGGAAAUACAAAUCAAGUGUCUUACUAACAAACAAGUAGAGGAAAAGCUGAGCUGAACAUUCAGAACGAAAGAGCCUCAGUCCUCUGAUUUUGUUUGUUUGAAUGUAUAGUGUCUUUUCUUGCAAAUUGAAAUAUAUAUUUUUCUAAAACCUCUCCUAUUGUCCAAUUUAUUGAGGUUUUGUGGGAUAUCUCAGGUUAGUAGUUUUGGCCUUAUUUGUAGACAAGUUGUCUGCAAUGUCUUUAUAAGAGAUAUAUGUAUUUUGUGUGUUCAAAAUUGCUUGUACUCCUAUGCUUGUAUUUGUAUUUUGACACUUUUCACUAAACUUGGGUCAAUAAAAUGCUCUGGUGUUUGUUAA